CUACUGCUGUACUUCCGUAUACGUUUUGCGUCACUACAAGAGCUUCAUUUAAUGCUUCUUCCUAAAUUCCUACAGAAAGCACUUGAGCCUCGACACAGAAUGUCCCAUUAAUUUCUUACUGGAGUAAGAAUCGUCCUAUCUGUAUAAACUCGUUUUAGUGUACUAUUAAGCUUCUUACGAUAGCUUAGCUACGAACAAAGAGACGCGUUUAUUAGCAUCGCUACGCGGAGAUCAAGAGCGAGUCUAAAGUGUUGGUCAUAAUCGUGUGAAAUGUGUGCAAAAAGUAUGAUAAAUGGCUACAAGGGUGAACUCUGUCGAACAAAAGAGGAGAACGAGCAACAACGUCAACUACGGGACGUUGUUUUCAAGAAGCCUCAUGUGAGACACGGAGCAGUCAUUCACGAAGCUCAUGCUGAGCAGCAGAUGCAAGAGACCUCCUAUUUUAAUGAGGAAGAUGUGCUGGAGCCCUACUGCUUUAAAGAAGAAGAGGAGGACCCAGAGACCCCUGACAUUAAAGCAAAAGAGGGCCCGGAGCCCCCAUGCAGUUAUGAAGAUGAGAUUGAGAGGUCCACUGAUGUUAAAGAAGAAGAGGAGGAGUCGGCUAUCACCAAAUUGCCCUUUAACUGUGUCAUUGUGAAGAUCGAAGGGGAUGAUGAUAGGGGUGAAGGUGAUGGAGACCAUGGUGGAGGAUCACAAGCAGACAACUUAGCGCCACUCUCAGAUAAUGACAACACAUUCUCACAUUUACCUGACACUGAUGAUGAAAGUGCUGAAGGGGAUGCAACAUGUCACACUGAGGCCAAACGUUGGGAGUGUUCUCAGUGUGGGAAAAGCUUUGACGCCAAAUAUACUUUGAAAGUACACAUGAGAACACACACUGGAGAGAAACCCUAUUCUUGCUCUGUCUGCAGCUUAAGUUUCAGUGUCCGUUCUUCAUUGGUCAAUCACAUGAGAACACACACUGGGGAGAAGCGUUACACCUGCUCAGUCUGUGGUAAACGAUUUGCUCAGAAGGGACAACUGACAACACAUACAAGAAUACACACUGGCGAGAAACCUUAUGUUUGUUCAGUCUGCAACGUAACUUUCAGUCUCCGUUCAUCGUUGGUUAAACACAUGAGAAUACACACGGGAGAGAAACCUUAUGCCUGCUCAGUCUGCAAUUUAAGUUUCAGUAUUCGAUCGGGAUUAGUUCGCCACUCAAGAACACAUACAGGGGAGAAACCUUUUGCCUGUUCACUGUGUGGUAAGAGAUUCACUAUCAAGGGAAGCUUAAUAACACACACAAGAACACACACCGGAGAGAAGCCGUUUGCCUGUUCGAUCUGCAAUGUAAGUUUCAUUGACCAUUCAGGGUUGCUUCAACACAAGAGAACACAUACGGGUGAGAAACCUUUUGCCUGCUCAAUUUGUGGUAAAACAUUCUCUUUAAAGGGAAAUUUAACAACACACACACGAACACAUACGGGUGAGAAACCUUUUGCCUGUUCAGUCUGCGACUUAAGUUUCACUGACCGCUCAGGAUUGCUUAAACACAUGCGAACACACACUGGGGAAAAGGAGUUUUCCUGCACAGUGUGUGGUCAAAGAUUCUCUCAAAGAGGCACCAUGACAAGACAUUCCAAAAGACACACUGGUGAGAAACCAUUCAGUUGUAGUGUGUGUGAUAAAAAAUUCUAUGAUAAGUAUGAGAUUAAGAAACACAAGUGUGCUUUGGCAAAUAAAAGAGAAGCCAAUGAUGCUGCAGGACUUUAAUGAGGUAACUUUUUAACAAGUUCAGAAAGUUUUUGUGUUUGCAGUAAUAUGGAAAAUAAAUACGCAUAAAAUAUACAAUAUGAUCAAAUGUAA